UGGAGGAACUUCAUACUUUAGAGGCCAGACCGGAGAUUGCGGAGUUGAUGCACGUGCUAUCGAAACCCCACGUUCGGGACCUUCUGUCAGUGCACGAUACCGUAGCCCAGAAAGAGUACGAGCCCAAACUUCCAUCGCUGGCAGCUGAGGAUCAUGAAGAUGAAGAAGACUCAGUCAGGAUUAUUCAGCUCAUGAAAAGCAAAGAACCCCUGGGAGCCACCAUUAAACGGGACGAGUCGACCGGUGCAAUCGUCGUUGCUCGCAUAAUGAGAGGAGGAGCCGCAGACAGAAGCGGUCUUAUCCGUGAAGGUGAUGAACUCAGGGAGGUCAACGGAGUCCCAAUGGAAAACAAGAACCCCGAGGAGAUCAUCCCCAUACUGGCGCAGUCAGAUGGGGCCGUAACCUUCAAAGUGAUCCCAGGCACCAAAGACGAGCUGGAAGCCGAUGACACCGAGGUCUUCGUCAGGGCGCUGUUUGACUACCAUCCGAAAGAGGACCCCGCUAUUCCGUGUAAAGACGCGGGGCUGGAGUUUGGGAGGGGGGACGUGCUGCAGAUCGUGAGUCGGGAAAAUGAUACUUGGUGGCAGGCGAGACGGAUCUGUGAUACCAACCUUCGAGCUGGACUGAUCCCGUCCAGGCAGCUUCAGGAGAGGAGAGUGGCUUUACAGAGGCCCGAGGUGCUGUUUCAGACGUCCAGAGCGCUGAAGAUGAAGAACGCUGAAGAUGCAGAUUAUAUGGCCAUACAUGGAAUACAUAUAGCUGGAUUGAGGAGAAGUUUCCGGCUGAGUAAGAAGGACCGCAGGAGUCGAGAAACGCGAGCAAAAUGGAAGAAGUGCGAAGCCGGCGGAGAGAACCACAUUUCCAGCUACCAGGAGGUGGUGCCUUAUGUCAGAGAGCCAGGAGCACCGUACCGCCUCGUGCUACUGGUCGACACGACCCGUGAGCGCAGAAAACACGAGCGGGAAGGCGUGGACUACCGUUUCGUCUCCAGACGUGCCUUUGAAAACGAUAUCCUCAACCACGAGUUUAUAGAGUACGGAGGACACGGCGGGAAUUACUACGGCACCAGCCUGGAUUCGGUCCGCAAGGUUCUAGCGGAGCGCAAGGUGUGCUUGCUGGAUGUGGAGCCCCAUGCUGUAAAGUUGUUGUACACAACAGAAUUCAAACCGUAUGUUACGUUCGUCAAGCCUCCAGCGAUAGAACAGCUGAGGCUCAGCCGGAGAAAAGCGAAAAUCCUGGCCAGCUGUGAUGAACCGGCGCCAACGCGGACGUUUAUGGAGGCAGACUUUGAGGACAUGAUCAACGCCGCGCAGGAGAUGGAGGACAAAUAUGGCUACUUAUUCGAGAGGAUCAUCAUCAACGACGAUCUGGCCAUGGUGUUCACUGAAAUAAGAGCUGGACUGAAGAAGCUUGAAAAGGAAAGGAAUUGGAUCCCCAAAAUGUGGGUUUAAAAACGGUGAAGUGUCACGCAUAAGCUGUUUGGUUUUCGCCAGUAUUAACCAGACGUGGAAAAAGAACGUAAGAUCAGUAACGUUUGUUACUAAUCAGUUACUCGUUUGAGAAGAGAAUCAUCAGUGAUGAUCCAGACCCAGGGAUUUAAUGAAAAUCCCAACUAAAGGACACAAACUGGAUCUCGAAAUGGUUUAAACUGCGUAGUUAUAGGAAAAUAAAUCAACAACGUGAUAGCGUCCGGACGUGGAGUCGCCGUUAUCCGCCUGAAGUUAAUUCUUUUCCUUCAACUUCACUUCCUGACCUGUUUUAUUCCUCUUAAAUGUAUCCCUUUAUUAAAGAGAAUUAAACAUGUUUAUAUCUGAUUUUUUUUGGAGUAUGUAUUUCGAGUAAAUCCAUCCACAACUGUAAUUCUUUUCUAGACGAUAGAACUUUUACAUGCUUACUAUGUGGUAAAAGCAGUAAUUGUAAUUGUAAUCUCAACGAUUUUGUGUUAUUUUUGACUAUAUGAUACUUUCCACCAUGGCACGUUGUUGCCAUACGGCAACAGUUUACCAACAACUCCCCCUCAACAACAUGAGUAUUACUCGAACUAAUAAAAAUCCAUUAAAUAAAAACAUUUUUUAUGUAAAAUGUAAUCAUUCUCGCACUAAAGGAUGAAAAAAAAAAAAAAAAAAAAAAAAAAACCCUGACAUGUCAUUUUUUAUCCAUUUAUAGUUACAGUUAUUGCUGUGGAAUGUCCUGUAGAAAAUCCCCGUGUCGGAAAACUUCAUCUCUGAUUGUUACAAAGCUCCGACGCUGAAGAUUCCUUCCAUUAAUAUUUAAUAAAUAAAAAAAAAUUGAGCGUAUCUGUAAUUACAUCGACUGAUUGUUGUUGUUUUUUUCCAUCCGUUUAUGGGCGUUCGCCGUACAAGUCCCUGCGAAUGCGCCGUUACUAUAGAAACGAUGACAUAUUAGAACGAGCGCGUUCAUUUCUACCUGUGGAUUGCAGCUGCACUACUGUCAGAGCUGCUCUCAGAGAAAAUGAAUCAA